AUGGAACGACCAAGUGCAUCCCAGAGGGUGAAAAAAAGAGCAUUGGAGGAAGAUGAUGGUAUUGUAGGGAGGAAAUAUAAAUUUAAAAUUCUACUACCAAACGGGGCUGGUGUAGAAUUAAUUCUAUGGGACCCCAUCCUCCGAAUGCCCUUGCAAGACUUCGUUAAGUUGGUGAAAGGUGAAUAUUUUCGGGCUUGGCAAGAAUCAGUGAGUCAGAAAAGAACAAUAAAUUGGAAAAAUGAAGGGCUGUACCUUGAAGAUGCCUACGAGAAUAAGAUAAGAAAUAUAAUGGACUUUGGGAAGUUCAAGCCACAUAGGUACCAUAUUUUACGGCUAAAUGAUGGGUCCAGUGAGAUUUCCAAUACUUUUGAGGGCAUGUGGGAUUUGACGCCAGAUACUGAUCUAUUAAUGGAGUUGCCAGAAGAAUACACUUUUGAAACAGCUCUUGCAGAUUUGAUUGAUAAUUCUUUGCAAGCCAUAUGGACCAACCGUGAAAAUGAUAGGAGAUUAAUUAGGUUUGUUUCGUUAUUUGGAAUACUUACUAGGACUUCGAUCGGUGAAGGUUUAAUGUGCUUAUCAUUUUGA